UUUCAUAUAAAAAAUAAACAGAGUGGGGGUCUCAAAAGUCUUUCUUUAGACUGGUCGCUUGAUAAAUAUCAUCUUCGACCAACAAAAAAAAAAAAGAUAAAUAUCAUCAACCUUCGAGCCAACUUGAUGACACCGGUUAUAAUAUCCAGAUGCUCUGUUACUACCAGAAUUGCAUCUAGGGGGUCUUAAAAAUAAACCAAACCAGUCCAAACCGUCUCAUAAACUGAGAACCAGUUCGUUCUCCAAAAAGGCAGGUACCAGCUCCAGUUUGCUGAUACAGAACAGAAAAACAAGAAAGAUGGGUGAGGCAAUACCCAAGGCAGUGAAAGAUAUGUGGGACAAAUGGAACAUCCGUGGCCUUGUGAUAUUCAGUCUUGUCCUUCAGGCAAUCCUUGUUCUUCUCUCACCAAAUCGAAAACGAACUCCUAUGAGAUUUUUUCGACUUCUCAUCUGGUCAUCUUACAUUUUAGCCAACUGGUCAGCUGAUUAUGCCGUGGGACAAAUCUCAGAUAGCUCAGGAGACGACCCUGAACCAAACGAGUCGCCCAAGACAAACGAGCUCUUGGCGUUCUGGGCAAUGUUCCUUCUCUUGCACCUUGGUGGUCCUGACACAAUCACAGCUCUUGCUCUGGAGGAUAAUGAGCUCUGGCUCAGGAGCUUGUUUGGUCUUGUCUGCCAAUUCAUUGCUACUCUCUACGUGUUCUUGCUGUCAAUACCCAACAGUCUAUUGGUACCUACUUCACUCAUGCUUGUGGCUGGAGUCAUCAAGUAUGUUGAGAGGAUAGGAGCAAUGCGUGGAGCUAGUCUCGAAAGGUUCAAAGAUUCAAUGCUUGGGGAGCCCGAACCUGGAAUCGACUACACAAGGUUUAUGGAAGAGUACAAAAUAAGGAAGAUUUCGAAAGAGCGUAGCCAGUUAGUUUGGGUCCCGGAGCCUAAGAAAGAGCAAGCAGUUAAGGUAUCCGUAAGCUCAGAGAAAGAAUGUCUGACUCAUCUCGAGGUUGUUCAACAUGCUUAUAAGUACUUCAACAUCUACAAAGGUCUUGUGGUAGAUUUCAUCUAUAGCUCACACCAGUGGAUAGAGAGCAAGCAAUUUUUCCAGUUGUUGUCGCCGGAAGAUGCUUUGAGGAUUCUAGAGGUAGAGCUCAGCUUCAUCUACGGAACUUUAUUCACCAAAGUUGACAUCCUGCACACCUGGUUUGGAGCUGCUUUCCGCUGUAUAGCCUUGGGAUGCCUGUUUACAUCCCUCCACAUAUUCAAAGCAUCGAAGAAAGAUGGAUAUGAUGGUUUUGAUGUUAGCCUUACUUAUGCUUUGAUCUUUGGUGGAAUCGCACUGGAUUUCAUUUCCAUCCUCAUAUUCUGUGUAUCCGACUGGACAUUUGCUAGACUGAGGAAGCCGAAGGAAGAGCUGGAUAAGAAAGAUACCAUGUUUGACAGAUUUCUCAAUGGGCUCCUCGGUUUCAGGGACCUGAAGUGGAAGAAGUGCAACUGUCACGAGCAAGAAGGUCGCUGUCACAUGGUGCCUAGUAGACUCUUUAUAUUUCGGAGAUGGUCAGAGUACGUAUAUGCAUACAACCUGAUUGGCCCCUUCCUGAAGAUAAAACCAAAGAGAAUCCAUCACACCAAGGGUUACAUACACAGUUUCUAUGACACCAUCAUUAGAAGCUUGUACAUAGAUCGUGCCACUGAUUUCAUCAUCCGAGGAACAGUCUCAGUUUCCAAAGCCUUGAAUCGCAUCCGCGUGAAGAUAGACCUGCACAUAAUUUCUCUGUUCAACAAACACAGGGUGAAAUAUUAUCUUCUUUACCCUGUCAGGCUCUUUCUUAGAUUCUGGUUUGGAAUUCCUCUGUUAAACUAUCUCUUGGAAUUCUUCGGCAUCACGGAUCAGCUAAAUGAGAUGGUAUUUACAUCUCGUGAACACCUCACAAGAGAGCUUUGGGAAUUCAUAUUUACGGAGGUUAAGCGUAGAUCCGUCUUUGUUAUUGGAAUGGAAAGUGGCAGCCACAUAUAUUCGGCUAGAGGUGACUGGAUUCUGCGAGAUAUGGAUACCGAGAUUAAUAACGAGAAGCUUCUGCCUUAUGUUACCGAGGUGGAUUACGAUCAGAGCAUUCUGGUGUGGCACAUUGCCACUGAGCUCUUACACCAAACAGACGAAAACAAUGCAAGAAAUGUCGAAUACAGAGAGUCCAGCAAAACACUUUCAGACUACAUGAUGUAUCUCCUAAUCGUGCAGCCCUCUCUUAUGUCAACAGUUGCAGGAAUUGAUAAGGUAAGAUUCAGAGACGCAAUAGCAGAAGCCAGAAACCUCCCAGAGGCUAAAAAGCUGUUUCAAAGGAGGCAUAUUGCGGAUUCAGGAGAUGCAAAGAUGGCCUGUAAAGCAAUUUUAGAUUCCUAUAAGGUAGAUGGGCAAAGAAAUGAGAACGCCAAAGUGUAUCGAAGCAAGUCUGUGCUGUUCCAAGCGAGCAUGCUUGCAAAAGAGCUUCUUCGGAUACAAACUCAACAAGGCAAUAGUAAGAUGUGGGAGGUAGUGAGCAAAGUGUGGGUGGAGAUGCUUUGCUAUGCAGCAACUCACUGUGACUCUAAACAGCAUGCAGCUCAACUCAACAGAGGCGGUGAAUUGAUCAACUUUGUUUGGCUUUUGAUGGCUCAAUUUGGACUCGGAGAGCAGUUCCGGACCACCAAGGAAGAUUCUAGAGCCAGACUCGUUUUGGACAAAGCAACCUCUUCUUGCCUUGUGUAACAGAUUGUUGUCUUCUCUUUUUUGUCUUUAACAUCUUUUUGGCUAUUCGUUGAAUCAUCUAUUCGCCUUAUUGGCUAGGCUCUUCAUGCUCCAAUUUCAAACCAGAGAAUCCAUCAAAAAUAGCUUCUGCUAAACUUUCUCACUCUAAUUCCAACCAGAAAAAUCCGAAUUUGCUUCUAACAUCCGAUUAAAUCCUAAACUUUUUAAAAGGGAUUAGCCUGAUCGUGUUCUUCCUGUAUGCAAAACACAUAGAGAUUAGAGACACUAAUGAGAUCUUCACUUUCACCUGACAAAGUCGUGUAAACCACAUUCUUGAGAUUUCGCGAACUUGGCUCCACUCUUCCAGAUUUGAUUUCAGUGUUCAAGCAGGACAAUUUUAGGGACA